GAAGCAUGUGCUGGACAGCAUGGUCUUGAAUGAAGCCAGUUUUGGUUUGAUUUGUCUGGUUCUUUGUUGCCUGUUACGUGGUAGAAAUUCUCUCAGGAAUAAACUGUGGAAAGGUUGGAAUUUAAGUAAUUCCCCACAAUUAAUCUGAAAAUAACUAAAAAUUUGAUUGCAUAUAGAUGUAAAACCCAACACAUGUGGCAUUGUGACGUAAGUUGUGCAUGCGCAAUCAGAAAUUGAGCAGUUACAGGCAAAGGUUCUCUCUUUUCUCUCACUGAGCAGAGAGAGAAGGGAAUCUUUGUUUCACAGGGUAAAGUCAGUUAAAAGGUCAUUAAAAGAUGAUUUUGAUGAUGAGGUUUUGUUUCUGUUUUGACAGGUAUUGGAUAUGCAAGUGUUGUCAUAGUGCAGUUCCUAAACAUUUAUUAUAUUGUCAUCCUUGGCUGGGCUUUGUUCUAUAUGUUUGCAUCAUUUACUUCCAAACUGCCGUGGUCUCACUGUAACAAUCCCUGGAAUACACCACAGUGUGUUGAUUUAACUGGGGCUGGCCCAAGCUCUUCAGGAAAUGGACAAAAUGGCUCUGGAAUGGGAGUAUUGAAUGAUACACUCAAUGGCACUCUUUCACCUCUUCUUGAAAAAGUAUCGUCCAGCCAAGAAUAUCUAGAGCGUCGAGUUUUACGAAUCAGUGGUGGUUUAGAUGAACCAGGAACAGUCAAUUGGGACCUUGCGUUAUGUCUGUUACUUGGCUGGAUAAUCUGUUAUCUUUGUGUGUGGAAAGGUGUUAAAUCUACUGGCAGAGUGGUGUAUUUUACAGCCACUUUCCCAUAUGUGUUGCUGACAAUAAUCAUGUUUCGUGCAGUGACACUUCCUGGAGCAGCUGAAGGAAUCAAGUUUUAUCUCAAUCCAAAUUUCACACGUCUAGCUGAUGGUCAGGUUUGGCUGGAUGCUGGAACUCAAGUGUUUUUUUCUUAUUCUAUUGGUCUUGGUACUCUUAUUGCACUGGGAAGCUACAACAAGUUUAAAACAAACUGUUACAGGGACUGCAUCAUAUUUGCUUGUGUAAAUAGUGGAACUAGUUUAUAUGGAGGAUUUGUCAUUUUUUCCGUGCUGGGAUUCAUGGCACUGAAACAGGGUGUACCAGUGGAGAAGGUGGCCGAGUCAGGUCCUGGUUUAGCAUUUGUUGCAUACCCUGCAGCCGUAGCAGAGAUGCCAGUUGCUCCUCUGUGGUCCAUAUUGUUCUUCUUCAUGGUGAUCCUAUUAGGACUUGACAGUGAGUUCGUUGGAGUGGAGGGUUUUGUAACAGCCAUUGUUGACCUGUUUCCUCAACAUUUGAGGCGUGGUCACCGCAAGGAGAUUUUCAUUGGUGUUUGCUCCAUUUUCUGGUUUUUGUUGGGACUUUCUAUGGUUACUGAGGGUGGAAUGUAUGUGUUCCAAUUGUUUGAUUUCUAUUCUGCCAGUGGUAGUGCACUGUUGUGGGUCUCACUCUUUCAAAGCAUUGCUAUUGGCUGGAUCUACGGUGGAGAACGUUUCUAUGAUAACAUGGCUUCUAUGAUUGGAUUUCGAAUCAAUCCUUGGAUCAGGAUAUGCUGGAAAUAUUUGACACCUUUGUUUUGUGUGGUCAGUAGUUAUAAUUAUAGUAAUCAUCACAAAGUUUAACUUCUAGAUUUAUAUGUAGUUUUGUUGCUGCAGUUGAACUGGAUUUUUUUGUUAUAAGAACUCUUCAAGGUUGUGGCACAGUGUUCCAAUGUUGUUUCCAAAGGAAUUAUUUUAGUGCUAC